CUACUCAGGAGGCCGAGGCAUGAGAAUCACGUGAACACAGGAGGCGGAGAUUGCAUUGAGCCGAGAUCGUGUCACUGCACACCAGCCUGGGCGACAGAGCGAUACUCCUUCUAAAAAAAAAAUAAUAAUAAAAAUAAAAAGAAACGUAUCAUUCAUUCUACAGACAUUUAGCAAGGGUCUUCUAGCCUGGCCCCUGGAGGACAACUAUAAGCAAGACAGACAAGGGCCUGCCCCUGUGGGGCUUACAGUCGAAGGGGGAGACGGCCAUGCAUACUAACAAGCUACGCUUGCCAACUGAGAUCAGUACUGUUCAGAAAAGCCGCCAGGCCCAGCCUGGCCAUCCAGGAAAGGUUGCCCCAAGCAAGCACUGCAUGAGUGGAAGUUUAAACAAAAACUUUUUCAGGCAGAGGAGCAACAUGUGCUAAGACCCAAUGGACUCAUUUUGUGACUUUACCUCCACACCUCAGCGUGAACUCCCUGAGGACUGGGCCAGGCCUGUCUGCUUCAACACCCUAAACCCAGCAGGUGUAAAGGAAGGAAUUGCCGGUUGCUGAAUGAAUGAGUGGAGAAGCACCUGCCUACCUGGAUCUAAAAGAAGUCUCUGCAGUUGAAGCUGAGAGACUCAGAAGGGCCAUGGGCUAGAUCCGGGUAAGAACCUCCAGAGAGGUGAAGCAACUGGCCUAAAGCGUGGAUCUCCCAUCAUGCCUCACCCCGACCGUCCAGACUGUCUCUGACAGAGCUAAUACCAGCACUGUAUUGAUUACUGGUCUGACUGAGGUGACAGGGCAGCGGGAGUCUUAGAGCAUGGACGGUGCCAUGGGGCCUCGGGGGCUGCUGUUGUGCAUCUACCUGGUAUCUCUCCUCGUCCUGCAGGCCAUGCCUGCCCUGGGCUCGGCUACAGGCAGGUCCAAGAGCAGCGAGAAGCGACAGGCUGUGGACACCGCUGUCGAUGGUGUGUUCAUCCGGAGUUUGAAAGUCAACUGCAAAGUCACCUCUCGCUUCGCCCACUAUGUUGUCACCAGCCAAGUGGUCAACACCGCCAGUGAAGCCAGGGAAGUGGCCUUCGACGUGGAAAUCCCCAAGACAGCAUUCAUCAGUGACUUUGCCAUUACGGCAGAUGGAAACGCAUUUAUCGGAGACAUAAAGGACAAGGUGACUGCAUGGAAGCAGUACCGGAAAGCGGCUAUCUCAGGAGAGAAUGCCGGCCUUGUCAGGGCCUCGGGAAGAACUAUGGAGCAAUUCACCAUCCACCUCACCGUCAAUCCCCAGAGCAAGGUCACGUUUCAGCUGACUUAUGAGGAAGUGCUGAAGAGAAACCAUAUGCAGUAUGAAAUUGUCAUCAAAGUCAAGCCCAAGCAGCUGGUGCAUCAUUUUGAGAUCGAUGUGGACAUCUUCGAGCCCCAGGGGAUCAGCAAGCUGGAUGCCCAGGCCUCUUUCCUGCCCGAGGAACUGGCAGCCCAAACUAUCAAGAAGUCCUUCUCAGGAAAAAAGGGUCACGUGCUAUUCCGUCCCACUGUGAGCCAGCAGCAGUCCUGCCCCACAUGCUCUACAUCCUUACUGAACGGGCAUUUCAAGGUGACCUACGAUGUCAGUCGAGACAAGAUCUGCGACCUCCUGGUAGCCAAUAACCACUUUGCCCACUUCUUCGCCCCCCAAAACCUGACAAACAUGAACAAGAACGUGGUUUUUGUGAUUGACAUCAGUGGCUCCAUGAGAGGCCAGAAAGUGAAGCAGACCAAGGAGGCACUCCUUAAAAUUCUGGGGGACAUGCUCCCAGGGGACUACUUUGACCUGGUUCUUUUCGGGACUCGAGUACAAUCGUGGAAGGGCUCGCUGGUGCAAGCAUCUGAGGCCAACCUACAAGCGGCUCAAGACUUUGUGCGGGGCUUUUCCCUGGAUGAGGCCACAAACCUGAAUGGAGGUUUGCUCCGGGGAAUUGAGAUCUUGAACCAAGUUCAGGAAAGCCUCCCAGAACUCAGCAACCAUGCCGCAAUUCUCAUCAUGUUGACAGAUGGCGAUCCCACAGAGGGGGUGACGGACCGUUCCCAAAUCCUCAAGAACGUCCGCAGCGCCAUCCGGGGCAGGUUCCCGCUCUACAACCUGGGUUUCGGCCACAAUGUGGACUUUAACUUUCUGGAGGUCAUGUCCAUGGAGAACAACGGACGGGCCCAGAGAAUCUACGAGGACCGUGACGCCACCCAGCAGCUGCAGGGUUUCUACAGCCAGGUAGCCAAACCCCUGCUGGUGGAUGUGGAUUUGCAGUACCCCCAGGAUGCUGUCUUGGCCCUGACCCAGAACCGCCAUAAACAGUACUACGAAGGCUCAGAGAUUGUGGUGGCCGGGCGCAUUGCUGACAACAAACAGAGCAGCUUCAAGGCUGAUGUGCAGGCCCAUGGGGAGGGACAAGAAUUCAGUACAACCUGCCUAGUGGAUGAGGAGGAGAUGAGGAAACUGCUCCAAGAGCGUGGCCACAUGCUGGAGAACCACGUCGAGCGCCUCUGGGCCUACCUCACCAUCCAGGAGCUGCUGGCCAAGCGGAUGAAGGUGGACGGGGAGGAGAGGGCCAACCUUUCAUCCCAGGCCCUGCGGAUGUCGCUGGACUAUGGGUUUGUGACCCCGCUGACCUCCAUGAGCAUCAGGGGCAUGGUGGACCAGGACGGCCUGAAGCCCACCAUCGACAAGCCCUCAGAGGAUUCUCCGCCUUUGGAGAUGCUGGGACCCAGAAGGACGUUCAUGCUGUCAGCCUUGCAGCCUUCUCCUACUCAUUCCAGCUCCAAUACCCAGCAGCUGCCAGACCGAGUGACCGGCGUGGACACGGACCCUCACUUCAUCAUCCACGUGCCCCAGAAAGAGGACACCCUGUGCUUCAACAUCAACGAGGAGCCUGGUGUUAUCCUGAGCCUGGUACAGGACCCCGACACAGGCUUCUCAGUGAAUGGGCAACUCAUUGGCAACAAGGCCAGGAGCCCUGGGCAGCAUGAUGGCACGUACUUUGGGCGGCUGGGAAUCGCAAACCCUGCCACGGACUUUCAGUUGGAAGUGACUCCUCAGAACAUUACACUGAACCCCGGCUCUGGUGGGCCUGUGUUUUCCUGGAGGGACCAAGCUGUGCUGCGGCAGGACGGGGUGGUGGUGACCAUCAACAAGAAGAGGAACCUGGUGGUGUCUGUGGACGAUGGCGGCACCUUUGAGGUUGUUUUGCACCGAGUGUGGAAGGGGAGUUCGGUCCACCAGGACUUCCUGGGCUUCUAUGUGCUGGACAGUCAUCGGAUGUCAGCCCGGACGCAUGGGCUGCUGGGGCAAUUUUUCCACCCCAUCAGUUUUGAAGUGUCUGACAUCCGCCCAGGCUCCGACCCCACAAAGCCAGAUGCCACAAUGGUGGUGAGGAACCGCCGGCUCAUGGUCACCAGGGGUUUGCAAAAAGACUACAGCAAGGACCCGCGGCAUGGGGCCGAGGUGUCCUGCUGGUUCAUUCACAACAAUGGGGCUGGACUCAUCGAUGGCGCCUACACUGACUAUAUCGUCUCUGGCAUCUUCUGAGCCCUCUGGCCAGCACGCCUGUCCUUCCCUGGGGCCAAGGCAGAGGAGGAGGACGACAGCCUGACCUGCUGCUGAGGCUGCACCUCCUUGACUAAGCUGGUUCUUUGUGUCAAAGCACCUCAUGCCUUCCAUUAAAGAGAGGCCGUGUCCACCCCGAGCUGGUUGAUUUUGGGGAGGGAGGAUGGCAGGGAGGCAGCCCAAGAUGCUGCCCCUCAGAUGG